CUCCUCAAAUGGAAGCUUUUGUACAUUAGGGAGCGAGAGAGAGAAAGAGAGAAAACCAGACAAAUCUCCUCUACUCUUCCGAGGUUCUAAAUUUCUGCUUCAAUUUUCUUCUCACUUUGGGAUUCUCGGAUAUUCUAACAUUGAUAUAACUAUGGCUCAGACCAAUUGGGAAGCCGAUAAAAUGCUGGAUGUGUAUAUAUAUGAUUACCUUAUGAAGAGGAAAUUACAUGCGUCUGCGAAGGCUUUUCAAGAUGAAGGGAAAGUUUCUACAGAUCCUGUUGCUAUUGAUGCACCUGGUGGCUUUCUAUUUGAAUGGUGGUCUGUAUUUUGGGACAUAUUUAUUGCUAGGACAAAUGAAAAGCACUCAGAACCAGCCGCAUCUUACAUUGAGACUCAAUUGAUCAAGGCUCAAGAGCAGCAACAGCUGCAGCACAAACCACAGCAGCUUCAGCAGAUGCAAAUGCAGCAGCUUUUGCUCCAUAGGCAUGUUCAGCAGCAGCAGCAACAGCAGCAGCAGCAACAACAGCACCAGCAACAGCAGCAACAGCAGCAACAACAGCAACAGCAGCAGCAACAGCAGCAGCAGCAACAGCAGCAACAGCAGCAGCAACAGCAGCAGCAGCAGAGAAGAGAUGGGACUCAGCAUUUAAAUGGUGCUGCCAAUGCACUUGUUGGCAAUGACUCGCUUAUGAGGCCAAACCCUGCGACUGCAAAUGUUUUGGCUGCAAAAAUGUACGAGGAAAGAUUAAAACUUCCGCUAGAGAAGGGUUCUUUUGAUGAUGCAGCCAUGAAGCAAAGGUUAGGUGAAAAUGCGAGUCAGAUUCUGGAUCCAAGUCAUGUGUCAAUGUUGAAUGCAACCACUGUCACUGGGCAGCCUCCUGGGCAAAUGCUGCAUGGUACACCUGGGGGCAUCCCUGGAAAUCUUCAGCAAGUUCAAAAUCGCAGCCAGCUACCCACUGUUCCUGGGCCAAUUCAGGAUGUGAAAAGUGAUAUAAUGAACUCUAAAGCUGCUGGUCCAGAAGGUUCCUUGAUUGGCAUUCAUGGCAGCAUUCACGGACCAAAUCAAGGCAGUAAUAAUUUGACUCUGAAAGGAUGGCCUUUGACGGCACUGGAACGUCUUCGUUCUGGACUUCCUCCCCAGGCAAACCCUUUGAUGCCGGCUAUGCAGUCAUCUCAAUCUUACAAUCAAAUUCAACAGCAACUUCUGCGUCAGGCACAACAAAGCUUAGCAUCUCCAUCAACCAAUGAAUUGGAAUCCAGAAGACUUAGAAUGCUUCUCAAUAAUCGCAGUAUGAGUUUUGGGAAGGAUGGGCAAUUAGGUGCUGUUGGUGAUGUUUCUAAUAUUGGAUCACCUGUUCAAGUGGGUUGCCCUGUAAUACCUCGUGCAGAUUCAGAUAUGUUAAUGAAGUUACAGCAGCAGCAACUGCAGAAAGGCAAUCAACAAAGACAACAGUAUUCACAGCAUCCACUUUCAAGUCAAACUCCUCAGAGUUCAAACCAUCAAAUGCGGCAAGAUAAAAUUAUUGGUUCUGGCAGUAUCACAGCAGAUGGUAGCAUGUCUAAUUCCUUUCAAGGAAAUGACCAGGCUUUGAAGAGUCACACGGGACGGAAGAGAAAGCAACCAGUUUCAUCUUCAGGUCCUGCUAACAGCUCUGGGACAGCAAAUACGACGGGACCGUCUCCCAGCUCACCCUCAUCACCUUCUGCUCACACACCCGGUGAUGCUAUGUCCAUGCCAACUUUGCCCCAUACUAGUGGUUCCUCAACUUCUCUGCUUAUGUUUGGAGCAGAUAAUUUGGGGACCCUUACUACAUCAUCAAAUCAACUGGCUGAUAUUGACCGCUUUGUGGAAGAUGGAUCUCUGGAUGAUAAUGUUGAGUCAUUCUUAUCUCACGAUGAUAAUGACCCUAGAGAUAGAGUUAGUCGGUGUGCAGAUGUUAGCAAAGGCUUCUCGUUUUCAGAAGCAGGGCUGAUUCGUGCUAGUACAAAUAAAAUUGAAUGUUGUCACUUUUCUCCUGAUGGAAAGUUGCUGGCUACUGGUGGGCAUGAUCGAAAAGCUGCAUUAUGGUGCACUGAUUCUUUAACUAUGAAGUCUACACUUGAAGAACAUUCCCAGUGGAUUACUGAUGUUCGGUUUAGUCAGAGUUUGUCAAGGCUCGCCACAUCUUCUGCUGACAAAACUGUCAGGGUCUGGGAUGUUGACAAUCCUGGGUAUUCACUUCGUACAUUUACUGGCCAUUCAACAGCUGUUAUGUCUCUGGACUUCCACCCUAGUAAAGAGGACCUUAUAUGCUCCUGUGAUAACAACAGUGAAAUAAGAUAUUGGAGUGUCAAGAACGGUAGUUGUGUUGGAGUCUUCAAGGGUGGAGCAACACAGUUGAGGUUUCAGCCUUCCCUUGGAAGGUUGCUUGCAGCAGCCGGAGACAAUGCUGUAUCAAUACUAGAUGUGGAAACUCAAGUUUGCAGGCUUAAGCUGCAGGGUCACAAAAGCAUUGUCCAUUCUGUGUGUUGGGAUUCUACUGGAGAAUAUCUGGCAUCUGUGAGUGACGAGUUGGUUAGAGUGUGGAAUGUUGGCUCAAGUGGCAAAGGGGACUGUGUCCAUGAGUUGAGCUGCACUGGCAACAAAUUUCAGACUUGUGUUUUCCAUCCAGGGCAUCCUUCUUUGUUGGUUGUUGGCUGUUAUGAGACUCUGGAGAUUUGGAACAUGGAUGAAAGCAAGACAAUGACUCUCCGUGCUCAUGACAAGCUGGUUUCUUCGUUGGCCGUAUCAAAGGUUACUGGUUUGGUAGCUUCGGCAAGUCACGACAACUGUGUCAAGCUCUGGAAGUAACAGGUUGCUUUUGUUAUGUUGACAAAAUUGGAAAUACUUUUAACUCAUACUGUAACAGAAAUAGUGAGCAAUUAAGAUCUUUUUAGAGUUGUUUAUAUUGGUUACACCGUACUGUAGUAGGGACAAGGGUCUUUAGGCGAUCACACCACUCAGUCUCAGUUAACCCAAAGAAGAAAGUUCUCAUACCAAAGCUAACUAAUGUAGUCAGAACAAACUUUGGAGGAAAAGUGUUUUUUUUGUUAAAUUCACAGGGGUUAUAAUGUAAAGGGUUCUUUUGUGUCGUUAAAUUCCCAAGUAAGCCAUGGUACUUAACGGUUUGUUUAUAUUAUAUUUCCUAUCUAAUUUAAUCAUCUUAAUUGAA